GGACCAUUUUAUUUACAAACUAAGGCAGCCACGUUUGCCGAGACGGUCUUCUGAAUGAAAACUGGUGACUAGCAAAAAUGACUCGCUGAAUUUUAAAAACUCUAUUAAAAACAUUUAAAAGCAAGUUCAAGAAAGACGAGAAUCUAAUUCUAUAGAACAAUAAAAGUUGGGAAGUUUUUAUUUCUACAUCAUCAUUUUUUAAUAAGAAGCAUAUAGGUGAGUAAUUGAAAAUUUUUUUUGACUUGCUUGUAGUCAUAUCUUGUUAAAAGUACUCGCUGAGAAAGAACGGUUGAGGUAAAAUGGAUUGUACUAUCUUAUUGUUGGUCUUGUUGUAUUUACCAUCGGCAAAUUCCUUGGAGUGUUUCAAAUGCUCUGCGGUAAAUGGACAAAGUUGCCUAGCAACACAAGGUAAACAAAGAUGUCCGUUCAAAGAUGGUCAAGGUAGUUGCUUUGCUAUCUCGUACACAAUUACAAAUGAUGACAUUGGUCAUUCAGAAAUGUCAACAGUGUUUAUGAAAGGAUGCACAAAGGUUAGAUCGAACUGUAAAACUCUCUGUCCUGAAGCUGAUUUGCAAAGUGACGAAGGUGAAAAUUGCAAGGCUUCGUGUUGCACAGAAGAAUUGUGCAAUAAAGGAUUCGCGCUGCAAGUGAUUACAUCUGGCAAAAGAAGUUCAGCAUCAAGUUUGGUAACAUUGACAAUUUGGUGCAUACUGUUACUUACAAUGGCCAUCGUUGAGAUGACUUUCUAAAAGUACCAAACACAAUCUAUUUUACUACCAAUUAGAUGCUAAAGGUGUAACGAACUCGAUUAUAAUUUCAAAUAUGAAAGAGCAAAACUUUUAAUGUAUCAACUUAUUAUGUGAAUAAUCACAACAAA